ACUAAAGAUAACGCAGUUGGAACAACCAUCGGAGAAAUGAACAAGCAAGAGAGGUUCCCACUGUCACCAUUGUUGCUGCUACCUUCACUUCUGCUAUUCCUUUGCCCAGAAGAUUGCCUGUCUCUGUCUGGUACCAGAGAGGUGAUAGGAACUGUAGGAGAAACUUUAACUGUGCAGUGUUUCUAUGAAAAAGCCUACAAGAAUGCAAUGAAAUAUUGGUGCAGAAAACAAAUGUUGAUUUUGUGUGACAAAACUGUUAUUUCAACAUCCAAUGGGAAUGGACGAGUGUCUGUCAGAGACCAUCCUGAAAAUCAAACAUUCAUAAUAACCAUGAAAAACCUCACUGAAGCUGAUGAAGGAGCCUACUGGUGUGGAAUUGACAUCCUUGGAUUAGAUUCCUUAAACACAAUUACUGUAUCUGUUGUUCCAGCACCUAGGGUGACCCCAAAUACAUAUACAACCACAUUACCAACAGAAAUUCCAAUGACCAAUGAAACAGAGAGAGAGAAGACCUCAGAAGAGAUUUCUGACCACAAGAAACUUCAACGACCUUGGAUUCUUGAAAAACCUGGAAUAUUGCUCUCGGUCCUGGGUUUCUUAAUUAUUCUAUUAGUGGGAGCUUUGUUUUUGACUUGGAGAUUGAUAGUGAGACAGAAAAAAGCUAAUGAGAAAUCCAUGGUGUUCCCAGAUUCUGAUCAGCAGAUGAACAAUGAACCUUUUUAUGCAAAUAUGGAGCUACAGGAGAGAUGCUCAAAUCAAGACCCACUUAGACCAAACAACCCAAGUGUAGAAAACAGCACUGGGACCACUGAUCCAGAGCAGUCUAUUAUAUAUUCCACCUUAGCCUUUCCCAUGGACAACAAAAAUACAGCUUUGGAGAGUCAAGAGUAUCAAGAGGAGAAAGCAGUGUAUAGCAGAAUAAUGAAGAAAUAAGUUCCAGGCCAGCUCAUUGGAAAAGAACACAAAUUAUACCUUUUUUUCCAGGACAAUAUCCAACAAUUUUGUACUAUAAUGAGAUCUCCAAAAUAGUUUUGUGGCAUACACAAAUAUAAGUAACUAAAAUAAGGGAAGAGGUAGGGGGGAAAGCGGUGGGGAGAGGUUAUAAUUUCUAUCUGAGAUCCAAGGAGAAUGGCAGGAAGAUCCAUCCUGGGUUCAGAAGACAGGUUCAAAUCCUGUUUCUAACUCUAAGUCUAUUCUGACAUUAGUUAUUCAGUGGAACCUCUUUGUCUCAAUUUUAUUACCUGUAAAAUUGAGUUGUUAAUAUUUACAUUAACUAUAAUAUUUAAAUUACCUACCUCACAAGGCUGUUUAAGGAAAACAUUUUGUUUAAUUUUAAAUUCUUUAUAAAUAUGAACAAUUACUGUUAUAUGGUAUGAUAUCCCAUAGUACCCUAGGGCUGGGCCUUGGGAGCUCUUAAUCUUGAUCACUCUCCUCUCUAUAUUCAGCUCUCCUUCCCUGCCCCCUAGAAGAAUAGUAACUGAAAAUUUGCAAGCUCUGAUGUCUGCACUGAGAACCAAUAAGAAACAUCUACUCCAAAAGAGACAAAAUGAGAAAAUUCAGGUCUAAUUCUCUUUCUAUAUCUUUCCCCUGGCUUAAUUUCAGUUGCUUAUUUUGCAAUGAGGAUGGAAAGCCAUGCCCCUACAAGGCCUAUAAGGAUAAAUUAUGGAUUUAGAAGUAGAAAAAUCCAUUGAAGCCAAGAUUACAACUCCCUAUGUGGCAUCUCAAAGGUGUUGGGAAAGGAUGGACUGAAAUUUUAACCCCUAGAGAUCUAUAAGUGAUGGUAUAAUGGUGCAGUCCAAACCUUACAUGCAUUGUACUUGUUAAUCACUGGGACUGAGACUAUUCAAAACAUUCCCAAAAGAGAUGAAUAGUGGGAUUGCAAACCCUGAGUUUCAACCCUCUCCUUCUCCAACUUUGCCAGUAGUUUUGCUCCCAUCUUCCUCUUGUCUCUUGUUCAAUAUUCAGUCAUUCAACGUUUAAGUAUUCAAGCCAUUUAGUACCUUGUAAUUUUUAUAAGUGUGAGAAAAGCCCAAUGUUAUGACACUUUGCAGUUAAUGGUAGCAUUAAUUCCAUUACUCAGCAGUUUCAGCUUUAAUGUACCAACCAGCCCCUCCUUGGCAUAACCACUUGUAGUUCAAUACCAGUCUUCCUAGACUUUGCUUAUCUUACUCUGUUGUUAGGCAUGCUUGAAGAUAGACAAUUUGAAAUGACCUUUGACUGACUGUUCAAUCCUAGGCUGGCCACUGGACCACUUUGAGGGUCAGGUUCCUAAUCUAUAAAAUAAGACUCAGGGGAUUGAGAACUAGAGAGGAGAUCAAAGACCAUCACUAAUCUUAAAAACUGCUGAGGAAAUAAUUCAGUAGUAGCUUGCCUAUUAAUUGUAACCUGGGGCUCAGUACUGGUAUUUGCAUAAAACUCUCCUUAUUAGUGAAGAGAUCUAUUACUCAAACCUCUGUGCCUACAUGAGGGACGGAGUUGAUUAGAAGUUAGGAGAAAUAUUUGAUCUUUUGACUUCUGGCUUUGAGAGGACACACAAGGUGGCAAAGUGGGGCAUCUCAAAAUCAUCUUUUCCAGAAAUGAAGAGAUAUGAAGAGAACCUCAUGCAAAUGUCAACUUUGAACCAAGAGGGUUACAAAGUUAUCUGGGGAUAUUCACCAUGGACUUCAAAUCAAGCCUGAACAACAUGAAUCUAUUUGUUGGUUUAAUAAAGAAAGAUAUUUGCAUAACCUUGGUGGAAUAUACUCAAUGAUGAGCUGCAAGUACAAGGAAGGACAAGGCUUAAAAAGUUGGGAGAUUAAUGAAUCUAUACAACUGCACACAAAAUUAAUGGAUUCAUUAAGAACCAAACCACUGAGGAUUAGCAGCUUUGUGGGGGUCUCUGCAAUACGGAGAAAAAAGUAAAAUAUUAAUGAGAAAUUGACUACAGUAAGCUACAAAUCAAGUUACAAUACAUCUUUUAUUUUUCCCCCUUGAGGCAGUGAACUUUCCCAGAAUCUUUCAGGAAUGCAAGGCCUAAGCUACCCAUGAUCCCUUGUAAUGAUGACAAGGUUCUAGAAGCACAACAAAAAUAACAAAUCUAAGGUCUAGUAAAUAAGAAUCCUGACUCCACAGAACCUAUUCCCUUCAUUUCACAGAUGAAAACAACUGAGGCACAGAGAACUUAAAUGUCUUUUUCUUUUUUAAUACUAUUUUCUUUUUUCCCAAUUACACAUAAAAAAUUUUUGAACUUUUUUUAAAUUUUGAAUUCCAAAUUCUCUCCCUCCUUCCCACUCUCCCUCCCUUAGUCUCUCCCACCCCUCACCCCUCCCUGAGACAGUAAGCAAUCUGAUAUUUAUUUUAAAUGUGUAAUCAUGUAAAACAUUUUUCAUAUUAGUCAUUUUGUGGAAGAGAUAUUUAAAAAAAUAAAAAGAAGAAAGUAAUUGAAAUAUGGCAUGUUUCAGUCUGCAUUCAGACUCCAUCAGUUCUUUCUCAGAGGGUAAAUGGCAUUUAUCAUUAUGAGUCUCUGGGAUUAUCUUAGAUCACUGCACUGCUGCUAAGAAAAAGCAAGUCAUUCACAAUUCAUCAAGAAAUAUUGCUGUCAUUGUGUACAAGUUCUUCUGGUUCUGCUCACUUCACUUUACAUCAGUUCAUGUAAGUCUUCCCAAAUUUUUCUGAAAUCAUCCUGCUCAUCAUUUCUUAUAGCAUAACAGUAUUCCAUCCCAAUCAUAUACCACAACUUGUUUAGCCAUUCCCCAAUUGAUGGACAAUCCCCCAACUUCCAAUUCUUUGCUACCACAAGAUGGCAAAGGCAAAAGACAGUAAGAAACAGAGCUAGGGUUGGAACAUAGGAUCUUUAAUGCCAGAAUCCUAUGGAUUUCUUUAGACUGGACUUGUGAUCUCAUUGGCAUAGGAAGCUCCCAGUAUGGAAAUUUCUCUACCAGUGCAGACUGAUGCCUACUCUGCAAUUUACAGUCUUAGAGAGUUGCUAGUCAGUUGAAAAAUAUUUAUUAAGUACCAAUUAUGUGUGUAUAUAUGCUUGCAUAAUGCAAAAUAAUUUUGGGAAUGAGGAGGACACUAACAGGAGGAUCGGAAUAAGUCUUGAAGCAGAAAUAUAUUUGAGCUGAGCCCCUGGACUCUGCUGGGACUCAGUAAAAUAGUAAAAUAAAGGUGGGAAAGAUGCAACUGAUGAGACUUAGCAGUGUCCAUAGUAUAAGGCAGCAGCACUACAGGGUGAAUGCUCAAAAGCAAUAUACAAGGGGAAGCAAGCUGAAUUAUUUCUGAGGCUGAUAGUGCAGGGAAAGAAGAAGAAGAGGAAAA